AUGCCGUCGUCGGAGAUCUGGAUUGCCCCGUUGAUUGAACGAGCACUAAAGAACUAUCUUGACGGGCAAGAGAGUCAAAUUAAUUUAGAGGAUGAUGGCAGUAAUCUGCGCUUCUCAGGAUAUAAUGAACGUUCUGCGAUGAUUGUUAAAAGAGAAGAGAACGUUGCUGAUGGAUUCAACUUCGCUGUUCAGUGGACAGAAGGAGAAGGGCUCCCCAUACCUAAUAUAACCGACACGACAACGCAAAUACAGGCGAAACUUGCGCGAGAGUCGCUGGAAGAAUAUAGUAGGGACUACCCUGACUGGCCAUUGUCUGAGGAUCGAAUGCGAGGCUACACUAUCAACCUCAGAGAUUUCGAACUUGUUUUCGAAUACGCCACAUCAGAGCCGAAAGUGCAUUUGUACAUCAAGCGUUUCAACAUCGCAUGGGAGAAAAGCAAAUACAAAGGGCCACCGCAAGGUAGAAUCAUCAGAAGAAAUGUACAGGUUUCCCAGAUUAUGCGAACCGUCUUUCAAAAAGCCAGAUUACGCGAGACUGCUUGUUCGGGCGAUGCAGACGAUGGUGAUCGGUCUGACUGCUCCAUCAACUCUCAGAAUGGCAACAGCGCUGGAAAUACUGGUCGCCAAGAAGGCCUCAUGUCUCAGAUCCCUCCCGUAGAUUCGACCGGAAGUCUCUUGGAAAUCUCGAAGGAGAAUCUGAAGGCGAAUGCGAAAAAGCUUCUACGGCCUUUAAACACUCAUGUUCAACUACCACAAGCUGUACAUCCGAAAGUGUUUGAUGUUGCUGCUGCCAAUACCACAACGGAGGACCUGCCCACUCCUCAAGGAGUCGCUGAAAAGGCCAAUAGUUCCCAACCAGCCGUGUUGCACUGCAAUGAGCAAUCACCAUGUCCCCAGCCUCCAGUGUCUGCUCCUACUGAAGAGACUGUAGGCCAAGUUGAGAGCCCAACAGCAAGGCCCUCGGAUAUUGUGACUUGCAAACCAGCCGACGAGCCGCAACCCCAGGAUGUAGAUGGGGUAGCUCCUUCUAGGUCGGAUGUUGAGACAACGCCGAAUGAUCACAAUCAAAGUACAUCAGACCACCCGUCCCCUGAUAGACAGAAGCAACGCCAUCCUGCAGCGAAGAGCAGCAUGAAUAAUAGUGAUUCUAUUUCGAAGAAACCACCCGGGGAUUCAUGCAUCACCAAUGCAGACCCUUGGGACGGUAUGACGAAGAUCUUAGAAGCCGAUAUUACGAUACCAAAAGAUCAAGCUGAGCUACUGGAGCAGAACAAGAGUUGGGUACCGCCAGAACCUGGUAAGCCCUAUCCCAAAGGAAACGUACCACCUCGGCUUCUGGAACAAUGGAACACCAUUGCAUUACGACGAAAUCAUCAAGCAAUGGAACGUGAGAAGGAAAGAGCUUUGGAAUCCUCUGGCUCUCGCGUAUCCCGUUCACCGUCACGCAGCAUCAGCUCUUCCGAUUCUGACCCUGGGACAAAUGUAUCAUGGUCCCAAAGCGACAAGGAAAUGAGUCCACAGAGAGCGCAAUUUGAGCAUCUACCUUUAGACAGCAGUCCAUCUAUCAGAAAGUCGAUUGACAGAUCCACCCAUCAUCUUGGGGAAGAGGGAAAUCCUCCGACCGAAGUAUCUCUGGAUAAUGCACAGGAAGGUCAAGAACUAGAACAAAUUCAUGCAACAGUGCGCCCAGAAGAACACGAAAAAGCUAUUGAGCCAAAUGAGGCACAAGAACUUAGAGAACCUGUUGAAGUACCUUCUGCUAUUUCUAUUGAACCAAGCGGUGAUGGAUCUGUGCCUGAGGUGUCUGAGAUUGAUCAUCUCACCACCCAAACUUGCACUCAAGAUCUUCAAGAUGAGUCUGAUCGAAUGAGUGAAGACUCGGUAAUGGAUACUUCUGUUCCACUUCCGCUAGAAGUUGACCCGAGUCCAGACCAGGAUAUCGACAGUUCAGCCCCGUCGCUUCCAGGAUUUUCGACCCAGCUACGAGUGCAGGUGAUGGAAACUCCAGCUGCACAUCUUCAUCGACAUCACCCUGGAGACGAAGGCAUAGAGAAGCAAGACGUGGAGGUUCACAAUUUGGAGCAUCUAUCGUCACAGGUUGCCAAAUCGUCUUCUCAAUCACGGAUUCUGAACACGUUCUGUAGUAGCGACGAGCGAAAUGGAAGCAAAUCUCAAGAUACGCCGCACCCUGCACAGCCGAAUGGCAGUCUUGAAUCCAACGAGGUGAACAUACUGGGAACCCAACUAAGCGGCGGAAAUUGGUCCUACCGAGACACGACCCCUAUCUCGAAUUCGGCUGUGGUGUUGAACUCCUCUGAACCAGGGCAGCAUGACGCGAACAUUAUCAUGAUCGAAUCGUCGGGGCAAACGGAAAAAUCAUCACAUCCGUUUUCUUCGUAUCGUGAAGCCCCUUUCAUGCAGACAGAUGAUGAAAAUCAGAGCAUCCCUAGCCCUACACAAUAUACUCCUAGAAGGCCGGAUGGUCAUCAAAUGCCAUUUUUGAAGCGGAAGGCGUCCGAGACCGAGACCGAGCAGUUGUCCCCAACUAAGCGGCAGAAAAUGAUGGGAGGCAACGAGACGAUGAGCUCAACUCAAGGGAUUGCGUCUAAUAUCAUGUCGCGACGACAAACUUAUAUCAAUCGCUCUGUUGAAUACGCCGAAGCGCAGAGGGUUUAUGAUAAGUUUCGAAGCGAUUAUCCAGAUUAUACUGGCGACUUCGAUCAUUUUGCAAUGUUGUGCUCCAAAUUGCAUUCGCUACGAGCUCAAGGCAGCCUUAAGCGAUCCUUCCUGUGGGAUGAUUUCAUUAUCAUGCACUUGAAAGAAUACCCAGGUCAUCAGGAGCAAACUCUCAACCUGGAAGGAAAGUCAAUAACCUACGAGGAAUAUUUUCUCUUCAAUUUCUCAAGGCCCGCGUACAAAAAGCGGAGCCUCACGGCGACUGGGAUUGAAAUAUCGGCGACUCAGCAUGGCUCCUCGAGCGCGACUAUCAUCCCAACAGUCACACGGCAGGAGACGAACACGUCCUUCACUGGCAGUUUGGUGGACAGAUUCACUAACUUCCAUGCGCGUUCAUUUGGACCUGAGACUUCAGACCCGUGGCCGGAAGUUGAUGCCAGUCUAUUAUCACGAGAAUCGCUCACUGUUGAUCGUGAAGAGCAGAAUGAUUCCAACAGCCUCAGCAAAGAUGAUACCCUUGUCGAGAAACGAGCCGGAAAGCCAACCUAUCCGGAAACUUCACCUACAUCUACGUCACAUGAAAGUUUCCACAACGCCUCUGUCCAGAUUCUCUCUUCGCCAACAAGAAAAUCGCCAAAUACGCAGCCAACCCCUCGAACCAACUCGCCGAUCGAUGUACCUCGAGAACAAGACGAUGACCGAAGCAUUCCAGAGAGCGAGCAUGGCCGAGUUGAAGUCGAGGAGGAUCUGAUGGAUGAAACCCACGAAGUAGCCAGCGUCGAACUCGGCGACGACGAACCCUCCAGUGCCCCAGCACAGCUGUCUGACGCCGAAUCCGACGCAGUGAGCGAAGCCGACAGCUUCGAGGAGGACUGGGUAGAGUCACACAUGCGCCGGCUUCAAAGGUCGGGGCCCUUCUGGUCUGAUGACCCCAACACGCCGUUCAAGAUAUUUGCCAGGGCCGAUGCGAACGUGCUCUCCGAGCGAAUGCGCCGCGGCGGGGUACCUCUUCCCGUAGACGAGAACGGGGUCAUCCAGCCGCUUGUGCAGUAUUCGAUCCCACCUGUGCGUGAGUUUCUGAAUCGGGUCGGCAAUUACUUCAGUCUUCCAUCACAGGAGUCGUCGCAUACUCAGGCUCGACCGGCACCUACAGAUGAUUAG